AUGUCCAGUAUCAUCUUUCUUGCCAGUGGACGUGUCCUGGCUGUCAACAUGGCCGAUUUUGCGCAAUACACCCACCAACGCGAGGAGCUCAUUCGAUCAGACCGCGCUCUGCGUGCUGACCACUCAACUGAGGCAUCGCCAGCGGAAAUCAAGGCCGAUCAAUACAUUCGCAAGCUGAGAGCAAGCGAAAACAUCACGAUUUGGGGGGCUGAACAUGAAGGCGAAAGGGAACUGGACUAUGCAGGUGUUGCACAUGUCUUUCCUGGAAUGGAGUUCCUGACAGGCAAGAACAUUAUCAUGAAGACGCGGCUCUUCAAUGUUCUAUCCAAGAUGCCAAAGGGCGGUCUGCUACAUGCCCACUUGGACGCAACUGUCGAUGCCCAGACUGUCCUGCGCCUUGCUCUUCAGCAACCAGCUUUGCACGUCCGGACUUCGGAAGCCUUGACCCCGCUCAAUAUUCAAAUUUUGCCCCAAUUUCAGGCUUUGACAGAAGAGCAAAAGACCCACUCCGUGGUAGCACUAACAGAUACAGGUUACCAGCCUAACACUUGGCUAGCUUUGCAAGUCGCGCGAGAUGGCUUCCUCGGUGGUCCGACGGCGUUCGAUGCUUGGGCUAUCGGCGCAAUGACCAUUAAUCCCUCUGAAGCAUAUCAAACCCACAAUACCGUCGACAAGCUACACAGAUUUGGGAAAAGUUCACCAGCACGUUCGCUGUGUCUACGGCAGGGUUUAAUCCGCUUUGCGCCACUUUGGGAACAAUAUAUCUACGAGUUUUUGCGCAGUUCUGUGGAGGACGGGAUAUCCUAUGUCGAAGUUCGCAUCAACUUUUUCCCAAAGUUCAUGUUCGGUGAAGAUGGCCAGGAAAAUGUUCCACACAACGUCUGGGUGCAGAUAUUCGAUCGGACCGUAGCCAGAUUCAGGCAAGGCCGGGAAGAGGAAUUCAGUGGCGCACGAAUUAUAUACAGCACCCUUCGCUUCAUCACUCCCGAAGAGCUCGAGUGGUACUGCGACGACUGCAUCGCACUGAAGCAGCAAUUUCCGCAUUUGAUAGCUGGCUUCGACCUUGUUGGUGCAGAGAACGUGCUUAAACCUCUCAUCUAUUACGCCGAUACCCUUCUGCGGUUCCGCCAGCGGCAGAAACAACUGGGCCUCGACAUUCCGCUGAUAUUGCACGCCGGAGAAACGCUGAGCGAUGGAGGGGAAGCCGACACCAACUUAUACGACGCUAUUCUCCUGGGAACUCUUCGGAUUGGACAUGGUUUCUCUCUCGUCAAACACCCCAAACUGAUGGAAAUUUGCCGCGAAAAGAACAUUCUGGUCGAGACAUGCCCGAUUUCGAACGAGAUAUUACGUCUUACAUCGUCAAUGCUCAUGCACCCUCUUCCCAUAAUGAUGAACCACGGACUGGCUGUCGCACUUUGCUCUGACGAUCCCGCGGUAUUCGGAAAUAUGGGGCUAUCUUUCGACUUUUACCAGGUGCUUGUUGCGAGUGAGGUCACAGGCCUGAUUGCUUUGCGAGAGCUUGCGCGGGACAGUGUCAAGUACUCAACACUCGAACCAUCGCCAAAGGAGGCAGCGGUGGUGUUGUGGGAAAAGCAAUGGGCCAAGUUCAUUGACUGGAUAGGAACAUUGCUGGAGGUCUGA